UAGUGUUGCAUAAUGUCGAAAAAGGGUGAAAGGUCAGAGGUCAAAACAUGGCAAGCAGUAGAAAGGCAAUCCAAAUUUAUAAAAUCCUAUUACGUGAGAGCAGGAAAUUCAAAUCAUAUAAUUACAGGGAAUAUGCUGUAAGGAGAGUAAGAGAUGCUUUCAAAGAACACAAAAAUGAACAAGAUCCAAAGAAAAUCACUUCUUUACUGAAAUCAGCAGAGGAAAAUUUGGAUAUAAUAAGACGACAGGUUUUGAUAGGAGAGAUGUACAGUGAAGGUAGUCUCAUCAUAGAAUCACAGUUUAAGCAUACCACUUGACAGCCACAUCAGAUUUCUCCACCAGUAUUCAGAUCUGUACCGUGAAUGAUGUUUUGUCAUUUGAUCCUGUGAUACUUAUUACGUGUAAUGCAUGCAUUCUUUAUUAUUAAAGACAAGGCAUGUGCUUGUUUCAUCGUUGGCCUAAUUUGACACCAUUGAUAUUAUGCUGGCAAAUUUCAAACUCUGUAAAUAUAUUUUUGUGGCAAUGUCUUUGAUUUUUUGUGGAGAGGUCAUUCACAAAUGUUUAUUAUUAUCAUUCAUGCUGUAAUGGAAAUGCCCUUGAAUUUUUUUUUACCACAAUGUACUACCACCUAGAGGAACUGUAUUUCACAACAAUGCUCUUCAUAUUUCGUGUGGGUAUACAAAUAAUCGUAUUGGCAUCAUAUUAAGCAUUUGAUGCAACAAUUUUUGCGAAUUCUCUUGUCAGCAUGUUUGUUAUAAUUAUCAUGAAGUAAAUUAAUUAAAGAAUAAUCAUCUGUAAUAUUCA